AUGCCAAGCUCAAUUCUAAGUUUUAAGAGAAGAGACGAUCCGUUCGACCAUCUCUUCGAGGAAGCUGAAGCGGCAGAAGCCGCCAAACACAACACCUCAAUGGCACCAAGAACAACAAGUUCCUUCUUACAGAGAGUCGUCUCCACCACUUCCAGCACCACUCAAAAACAACCAAAGAAAAAAAUCGCUGCGUCAGAGGCUAAAGCCAUGUCAGAUUACGCAUCGCCCUUUAGAGCUGAGUAUAGUAACGUUAACGUACAGAAUGAAAAGACAAGAAGAUUCCCCACCGUCUCUGCUACCUCAAAUUAUACUUUGAAAAAUCCAAAGCAGAAGGGGUUCACAACUAUAAAGAAGGGACAAAAUUUCGCUAAGGAUAUUUAUUUCCCUAAUUAUUUGACGGAAAAUGAACAGAGACAACAGGCUGAAUUGUUGAUUUUGGAAAAGAAGGAAAAGGAUUUGAAAUAUUUACAGGAUUCUCAAAAUAUUAUAGAUCUGACCAAGAAGCAAGAGCCAAAGAAGGCUCCGACACCCGUCGCGUCAACAACAGAAGAGAUUGAUGAAGCUACAUUCCCUCAUUCAAACAUCUCAGAGGAAAUUAACCCUGAUUAUGAAGACGAGGAACAAUCAUCCGCACAAAACAAUGAACAAUUGGUACUAGUGCAAUCAGAAGAGGAAAUACACACCCCCAAUGUCGUUGAACCCCCAAUUGACCCUGCUUUGGCCCCAAUGGUCCCAUUCUCCCUCGCUACUCCUAACCAGAAAUCCAAAAAGGAAACAGAGGCACCCGAAAAACCAUCUAAUCCAGUCGCAUCCCCCACAAACCAAGAAGAAAUAGUGAAAACUGCACAGUUCGGAUAUCUUUCCAAAGCUGUCUACGAUAAGAUUCAAUACGACGAACAACAACAUAAGAAAUGGUUAGCCGACUAUGAAACCAAGCAAAACGAAAAAUAUGAAGCCAAGAUGCAAGAAUAUAAAAAAUCAUUGCAAGAUAUGGAUAAUCAAAUGUCCGAAUUGAAUGAUUUGAUUGAAAAAUGUGAAUUGGAUACAAAGGAGAAAAUUGAUGUCAUGCAUGGUCAAUUAGUGAAGAAAGUUUUCGAUAAGAAAGGUGUACAAAUUAAUGAUAAGAUGAAAAUCUUUAAUGAAACAAAACAAAUUAAAUUGGAGAAAUUAUCAGAAAAGGAAAAUGUCCUGAAUGAUAAUACUGAAGUGAAACAAACCAUUGAUGAAUUAACGAAUGAGAAGAAUAAAGUAAGAUCAGAAUAUGAUAAUUGGACUACAAACAUGACAAAUAUUGGUUCUGAAUUGGAUGCAAAAUUGUUUAAGAUUAGUCAAAUUAAUGUCACUCAAAUGAAUUUACAAAAUAAGAUCGAUGCCCUAACAUCACAAAAGAAUAAUCUACAAGAUGAAAUUGCCAAGAAUAAAAAUAUUCAUGAUUCAAAUGUUAAACUGGUUGAAUCUGUUGAUAAUAAAGAAUAUUUACCCAAAUUGAAUGAUAUUGACAAUGAAAUCAAUGGGUUAUUAAAUCAAAUGACAAUAGUUAAACAAGAAAACGCAAAUGAAAAAGUUCAAUUGGCGGAAAUUACUAAGAAAUUGGAAGAUGAACGUCGUGCUCAUGAAGAACAAUUGCAAUUAGAAGCUGAAGAAAGGAAACGUCAAGAGGAGAAUUUAUUGGGUAAACAACGUGAUGAAUUAGAAGCAAAGGCAAACACAAUGCAAGUGAAUCAUCAACAAGAAAUAGAUGCCCUAAAGAAUGACUAUGAAACUAAAUUGGAAGAAUUUAAGAACCAAUUGAAACAAGAACAAGAUCAACUCGACCAAGUGAAAAGACAAAAGACUAGAUUAGAAGGAGAAAAGGCACUAGAUGAACAAAAACGUCAAAAAGAUGCUGAUGAUGUCUUGAAAAAUGAAAUUUUCGAAAAACAACAUAAACAAGCAGAAGCAUUCAGUGCAGCUCAAUUAAAAGGCAGAAAACAUCCGUUAGCAGCCCUUGCAAGAGAAAUAACAGGUGAGGCAAAACCAUCAUCAAAGGAUAAUUCUUUGUACGAUUAUGAAACUGAGGAAGAUGUAAUGUAUGUUUGA